AUGCGCACGCACUGCAUUAUAAAUCCAUUUCAUCAGGAUGGAUUUACAUAUAGGAGAGUGAGUGGAUUUGGAAGCAGAAGGCAAUUUGUCGAAGAAUCAAUCUCUUCUAAUGCAAUUUCCGUAGAAGUUCGCUUUUUGUGGAGGCAUAAGUACAAUGUUAUUGGCGACUAUCCAAGGCCUGGAUCUGGAGGAGAAUAUGAUGUCCAGGAUGGUUUCGGCUGGACGAAUGGUGCUAUCCUUGACUUGCUUGUCACCUAUAAUCAUCGAUUGCAUGUAUAA